AUGUCUAUGCAGUUGCAAUGUCAGAUGCUCGGUACCGCGAAUGUCGACAUCGAUACUCAGCUUCAAGAGCUCAUCACGAAGAUCCUAAGGCUCCAAGUCAAUCCUUUCCAGUUUGUAAUCGUCGUCGAAGCCGCGGAGUUUCAUGCUCUGCAGGCCCAUGGUCGUGAUUAUCUCGCAGAACACUUGAGUCAUCAGCUGCAAAAAGAUGUCAUUUGGGUACAAGAUGGUAUGAAUAACGGCAUCGACCGCUACUAUAUUGGCCCUCUUGAAACCUUCAUCGCUGGAAACCGCAUGCUCGUCAGCAUCGACGGACGUGCCGUAUUGGUUCACAAACCUGUUGCUCGACAAGCUCAGAGUGUGACAUCAGAUCAGAGCAGGCGCACAGUCAAGGUCAAGAUCUCGCGGCCGCCCAAUUCGUACAUCCUCUAUCGCAAAGAUCACCAUAAGCUCAUCAAAGCUGCGAACCCCGCAUACACCAAUAAUCAAAUUUCGAAGGUCCUUGGUCAGGCUUGGAAGCAAGAGAAGGCCGAUGUCCGAACUCGUUACCAGACAAUGGCCGAAGAGCUCAAGCAGAACCUUCUUCGAGCACACCCCGAUUACCGCUACGCUCCUCGUCGACCUGGAGAGCGCCGCCGUCGCAACCGACGUGUGCCUACUGAGGCUACUAAUGGCAUGGAAGGCAUGGAUAAUAACGUUUGA